AUGCGUGAUGGUGGGCAGCAAGAUGGUGUGGAGCAAUUGAGAUGGUGUGAAGCGAAAGGAGAUGGUGUGGAAUGGUGUGAAGCGAAGCGAGUUGGUGUGAAGCGAAGCGAGAUGGUGUGUGGGUCAGCUAGGCGCCUCUUCUGGCUGCCAGACAACGGCAAGCAAAUGCGCUGCGACGCGCCCAACGCCGUGGCAAGUUCUGACGAGGCCUCAGCCGCACGAAGACAAAGCCCCUGCUGUGCUACUGUAUUGCAUCAGACACUGUCUCGUCUGUUGAAGGGACUACGUGAGCCGCGGCCGGUGCUGCACUUUCUUGCUGGGCAUGGAGGACACCGGGCCACUAUCCUCAUAAGGAAGCAAGUCAUCAGGUCCUGUCAGCCUAGAUCAAAGAAGGCACGUCCCGAGUCUCAAUAUCAUCUCACGUUCUUCUGUAAAAGCCGGAUUCAUAUGCGUCUCCGGCCGGCGAAUCAACCUAUUCACGAACGAUCAUGGCAUGCAUAUCUUGCAGACAGCGGAAGGUGGGUCUCGUGUACUGGGCUUCGAGCUAGAAUGCGAAUGUCGCUGCAGGUUCGAUGCAGCAGUUUCCAAAAUACGACGCAAGGAAAGUGUCAGAGAUGCUAUUGCCGAGGGCAAGAAUGCACUUUCCAGCCAAUCUCAGACGACAUCACCGAUGCCCUUCUGCGGGCCGUCGCCGAGAGCUAUUCGCACGGGAGCCGGGAUCGCUGGCUGGCUGAUCCAGCAGAGUAA